GGCUGCCGGGUUUGUGGGCCCCCUGGGUCCUAUCCAGCUGGGGCCAACUACAACUCCUAUCAUCCCCAGCCACCCCGGCCGUGGGGGCCAUGAGUGGGGUAGACCAGCACCUCUGGAGGCCAGAUGCUGGGGCGUGAGGAUGGCCUCCCAUGGCCUCGCUUCUGGCCGAACGUGGGGCGAAGCAGCAUCACGCCAAGGCUUCUUUGCUCGGCAGGAUGGGCGAAGUGGAGAUCUCGCCCCGGGCAUACGUCAAGAUGUGCCUGCACGCGGCCCGCUACCCCCACGUGGCGGUGAACGGACUCCUCCUGGCCCAGAGGUGCCGGCCGACAGCUGGUCAACCAGGAUGCCUCUACAUCACGGACUGUGUCCCCCUUUUCCACAGCAACCUGUCGCUCACCGUGAUGCUGGAGGUGGCCCUGAACCAGGUGGACAGUUGGAGCUUAGAGUCCAAUUUGCUCCUUGCUGGCUAUUACCAGGCCAACUCUGGGAUGGAUGACAAAAGCCCUUCCACCCUGGCACAAAAGACAGCUGGGCGCAUUGCUGAACUCUAUGACGAGGCGGUGCUGAUCAUGUUGGAUAACUGCAAGUUCACAAUAAAUCCACGGCUCCCUCCAAUAACUGUCUUGGAGCAGAAAGAUCGCCAGUGGGUUCCUAAAGACAAGAACCUGAUCAUGUGGACCGACUGGGAAUCCUCUCGGCAUACUUGCAAGUCUCUCCUGGAGGCCAAAGUUUAUUCCCGAUUGGUUGACUUUGAUAGCCACCUGGAUGACAUCAGACAAGACUGGACCAAUCAACAACUGAAUAUGGAAAUCGCCCAGCUGGUGUCAGUAGCCAAUGGCAGCGCGUGAAGGAGCAGAGCGAACCUGCAGUUAUCCUACCUGCUCCCCUCCAGCACUUCGUUCAUGGGGUGGGGGGGCAAUCCAGGAUGUCAGAGUAGUCCAGAUAGCAGCUAGGACCGUGUGACCAAAACCCCGCCCCCUUUUAUGGCAUGGCUGCCAUCUUGACUUUUUUUCCUCCCCCCCCCCCCGCCGGUCUCCCAAGUAGAUGCCUCUCUUUGUGAAGAGGAAGGAUGAAUUUGCAGCUGACCUUUUUUAUUUAUGCUAUCUUUGGAUUUACCCCAAAUGUUCUUGUGUAAAAAAGAAAAGGGGUGUGUGUGUUUAACCACGCCCCUGUUUUAUCCAGCGGAUAAUUUCAGGAGAUGUAUCUCAUCAGUGCUGCUAGAUUUUAUAUUUAUAAAGCCUGCCUUUGUAAACACUUCUAAACCCAAGAGGGAAACGCUGCUGCAUUUCUUAGCUUACGACCUGGAUUAAACGUUCCUCUCGGCAUGUU